AUGAAGUGCGAGAACGAAGAAGAGCAGUUUCCUCGUGGCGCCGUGGCUCUGCGUCGAGACUGUUACGUCGACAAUGUGGUCACCGGCUCAAAUACGCUGAACGAUGCGAUCGCACUCCAGACGGAAAUUCGCAACCUCUGCUUGGCGGGCGGAUUUCCGUUGAAGAAAUGGGCAGCCAACGACGAGAGGAUCCUGACUGGAGUACCAAGCAAUCAUCUUUUGCAGCAAUUACCGCCAGCCUGGAAAGAAGAGAGCCACGCCACGCUAGGACUCCGCUGGCACCCGCAACACGACCAGUUCUCCUUCGUGUUUCAUCCGCACGCUGCCAUCAAUCACACGAAGAGAACGGUUUUAUCCGAAACCGCACGGCUCUUCGAUCCAAUAGGGUGGCUCGCUCCAGUCGUGAUUCGAGCAAAAAUUCUCAUCCAAUCCACGUGGCUGCAAGGAUUGGACUGGGACACCCCGCUGCCGCCAUCCGAAGCUCGAGAGUGGCAACGAUUUCUAGAAGAACUCCACCUUCUAGAUCAGUUGCGAAUAAAACGCUGGCUCGGGACCGGAGCAGAUAAGACCACGCUGCAGCUUCAUGGCUUCGCCGACGCAUCCGAACAAGGAUAUGCCGCCGCAGUAUACAUCCGCAUCACUGAAAGGAACGAAACGUCAAUAAGGUUAUUGAUGGCCAAAAGCAAGGUAGCACCCGUCAAACAAGUGACCUUGCCGAGGCUGGAGUUGUGCGCCGCCACGCUACUCACCAAUUUGAUGCGACAUGUCAAACAAACGCUCGACCUGGCAACAUCAGACACAUACUUAUGGUCUGAUUCAACAGUGACCCUCCAGUGGAUUCGCGGUCACUCCUCACGCUGGAAGACUUUUGUCGCCAAUCGAGUCGCUCACAUCCAGACGCAGCUGCCUAAUGCACAAUGGAGACACGUAGCUGGUCACGACAACCCUGCGGACUGUGCAUCAAGGGGUAUUAAUCCAAGCGAACUGAUCAAUCACGCUCUAUGGUGGACAGGACCUACCUGGUUAUCACAGAACGAAUCGGCCUGGCCAAACUCCGAGAUGGAGAUCCGAGGAGACGACGUGCCAGAAAGGAAAGCCACGAGCCUGAUGACUGUGAACCGGGUCAUCAUCGAGCCAGAAAUCCUGCUCCGCUUCUCAUCACUGCAUCGCCUGCUACGGAUAUCCGCAUGGUGCCGUCGCUGGCUGCGCGCUUCCGAGCCGACUCACACUGCUGGAUUAACGUUGAGUCCGGAGGAACUUGACAUGACACUCUUUCGUUGGCUUCGAGAAGUGCAGACACUGCACUUCACGGACGAGAUCACCGCAGUCGCAGCUGGACGCUCCGUCGCACCAAGCAGCACAUUAGCCAAGCUGACUCCGUUCCUCGACGACCAUGGUGUUCUGAGAGUGGGAGGUCGGCUUAAGAACGCCCUGCUGACACAGGAUGAGAGGCAUCCGAUGAUCAUUCCAACCUCGUCGUGGCUGACUCGUCUGCUGGUGGAAUCCUGUCACCGUCGGACGCUGCAUGGAGGAGUGCAACUCACCCUGGGGCUGCUUCGACUGCGCUUCUGGAUUCCACGAGGACGCACAGUCGUAAAACAAUAA